CGCCAGUGAGCAGUUACUUCAUGCUGCUCUUAUCUGUUUACUUUUAGAGAAACACAAACAGCAGGGGAAGAGGGGACAGAGAUUCAUUAUUUGAAACUGAGACUACAGGAAAGAACCGAGGAGCGUCUGUACAUUUCUACAAGGAUGGAACGCAUGCUGACUUCGCUUUUGCUGUGUCCAUUUCUGUUUUUUACCAUCGUGACAUCCGAACAAGACAAUGUGUGUUUUAGGCCUGAGCUGGCUGCCAACAUUGAGAUGGGUGGGCUCCAGAGGUACUUUAGCCCCGGUGCAGAGUUAGCCCUGUCCUGUAAACAGGGAUACACCCCAGUGUCGGGCCCUCGGAAGAUUGUUUGUGGCGCCAGUGGACAAUGGACGACAACCAAAUUAAUGUGCAUACCAAAGCGGUGUCCCUAUCCUGAUCCACCAUCUAAUGGAGAAGUGUACUAUGAGGAUAUUGUGUUCCAGAGUACAAUCAACUAUACCUGUGAAGAAGGGUACAUCUUGACUGGAAACAGCAGCGCUGUGUGCCUUGCAGAUGGAACAUGGAGCGCAGCAGUACCAGAAUGCAUACCUGUGUCCUGUGGUCUUGCUCCGAUCCCACAAUUUGGGAUGAUAAUUUAUGACAAGAGGAUCAGAGGGAACACCACUGAUUAUGGUGUCACAGGAACGUACAGGUGCCUGCCUCCAUAUGUUAUUUAUGGCGACGCAAGAGCAGAGUGCACAGUCAACGGCAACUGGACCAAGACACCUGAAUGUCGAGUGGUGACCUGUCGUCCACCGGGGAACAUUGACAGAGGAUACAUAUCAAACAAUGACCAGAGAGACUAUGACUACCUGGAAACUGUGAAAUAUGGCUGCAAUGGAGACUACAUACUUGAAGGAAGCCAAGAGAUUGUUUGUCAGCAGAAUGGGAAAUGGUCUGAAAAGCCAUCCUGCAAGGCUCCUUGUAGUGUUGACAUACAAUACGCAAGAAUAUUUUACAAAGGCCGUAAAAUGUGGAUCAAAGACCUAAGUCCUAACAGAGUCCUACACAAAGACAUUGUCUCAGUCUACUGCAUGGACAAUGCCAGGAAGUGUGGUUAUGCCGUGCAAACCCAGUGCAUCGAUGGAAAACUCAAAAUCCCAGAAUGCUUUGAACAGCCCAGCAGCAUUAACUACAACCUUUAUUCAAGUUCACUUCCGUCAGAAAUCGCACAGUGCUGAAUCAGAUCUCCUCUCUGAUGAUGAUUAAAUUACUACAAUAUGGUAUAGGAAUGGAAUAAUGCUCUGGUUGUGGUUUUUCUUCUCUCUGUACAGACUUCUUCAACUUUUAAUAAAUAAUCACUGAGACACACAA